AUGGCUCCUUAUGAGGCUCUUUAUGGCCGGAAGUGUAGAUCUCUGAUUUGUUGGGAUGAAAUAGGUGAAAAAAAGAUCUUAGAUCCAACUGCAGUACCAUGGAUUGAGGAGGUACGUGAAAAGGUGAAGUUAAUAUGCCAAAGGAUUCAGACAAUUCAGAGCAGUCAAAAGAGUUAUGCAGAUAACCAGAGAAAGGAUUUGCAGUUUGUGGUUGGAGAUCAAGUCUUCCUUACGAUCACUCCUCUAAAAGCAAGUUUGAUAACAGUGAGAGGAAAGAAGUUGCAACUAAGGUUUGUAGAACCUUAUAAGAUUCUCCAACGCGUGAGAAACGUGGCUUAUAAGUUGGAACUGCCACCAAGUUUGCCUCAAAUUCAUAACGUUUUUCAUGUGUCUAUACUCAAGAAGUAUCACCCAGAUCCCUCCCAUGUACUGCAACCAAAAAAUAUUGAGAUUGAUGAGGCACUAACUUAUAAGGAGAAACCAAUGAAACUUCUGGAUCAUAAGGUGAAAGAAUUGAGGAAUAAGCAAAUCCCUUUGGUAAAAGUUCUAUGGAGGAAUCACGGAGUAGAGGAAGCAACUUGA